AUGAUGGAAAAAAGGUUUGAAGAGGAUAUCUGGACUGAGAUAGCGAAGUACAUGGAAGCAAAAUCUCUUGUUAUGCUUGCUUCAACUUGUCAAUGGUUUAACAAACUUAUCAAGGAUCAAAGCAUAUGGAAGUUUGCUUGCUUGAGAGAUCUUCAAGUUCCACUUGUUGGAACUAUCACUCAUGACUGGCUCAUGCUCUACGCCUCUGCUUUUGAUGGAAGUCACUCCUACAUAUUCAGUCAGCAGGACAAACAUAUAGAUUGGAUGCGUAUUGGAGCAUUUGUCUUCGAUUCAACUGAAGCAUUAUUAACAGAUAAACUGAUCCUUCCAGUAAACCCCUCAAAAGAUAAGAUUGCAGAUCAAAUGGUGCUUGAAAAUGAUGCUUUUGUUUUGAAGAACAUUAAGACUGGAAUCUGGAUAGCUGAUUUACAGCUUGUUCGUUGCCCGGUAUGUGACGUCGACACAUGUGAUGGAACAAUGCAGACAUUGGAUGCAAGGCACAUAGAGCUGUUCUUAAAUGAAGAUUAUCAGAAUGGAAGUUGGGAGUAUGAGAUGAUUGGGUCUAAUGAUAUCAAGAAACAUUCAAAUGCAGCUUGUGGUGGAAUUUUUGACAUGAAACAUAUUACUGAUCCUUCAAAUGAUGUUAUCUUUGAUCUUAAAAAAUGGACUGGAUUAUCAAAGGAUUGGCAACCAAAAGCUAAGCUUACUCAACAUGCAGCUGCAGUCAGUACAAAUUUACAAGAUAAUGAAGGCAUUCAUGUAAAGUACCAUGCCAUGAGAGCAGGAGCUGAAGGAGAAGUGGUUUCGAUUCGCAUAUCUCAGCAAUUACUGUGAAUGAAUUUCUUCCCUUAUCUCUUA